AUGUGGCUUAUCAACACGACAACCCUUCGCAUUCGAGAAUUCACAGGUGACGAGAUUCCCCUGUACGCUAUCCUAUCCCAUACGUGGGGCGAUCAAGAAGUCACGUUUCGCGACAUCGCGUCUCUCUACCAUGAUGCUACCUCAAAGCAAGGCUGGCAGAAAAUCUGCGAAACAUGCCGCUUGGCCAGGGAACAUGGCUUAUCGUAUGCAUGGAUCGAUACUGUCUCGAUCGACAAGUCGAGCAGUUCGGAGCUGAGCGAAGCAGUAAACAGCAUGUUUGCCUGGUACAGCAACGCAGAUGUAUGCUUUGCGUGGCUCGAAGACUUACAGCCUGGGUCGACAGACCUAUCUUCAUGUAGAUGGUUUACUCGUGGCUGGACCCUGCAAGAGUUGAUCGCUCCACACAAGACGCUCUUCUUCAAUCGCGAUUGGGAAGCAAUAGGAUCGAAAGAAGACCUUACUCCGAGUAUAGGCGAGGCCACCAACAUCCCGUUAGAAGUCAUAUCUGGAACAGCUUCGUUCCUGGAAUAUUCUGUGGCAGCGAGGAUGUCAUGGGCAGCGAAGCGAAAGACUCGUCGCACCGAAGACGCAGCGUACUGUCUCCUAGGACUUUUUGACGUCCACAUGCCACUCAUCUACGGCGAGGGACUGUAUGCCUUUCGCAGACUACAGGAGGAGAUCAUCAAGCGCGAUAACGACCUGACCAUUUUCGCUUGGGAUCCAGAAGAGGAAUUUGGACCGCAAGUGUUCUUGCCAAUGCUCGCACCCACACCAGCUUGCUUUUCUGAGGGUGCUAACAUCACUGUGUCUGGGUUCGACUUCCUGCAGUUUUCGAUUACCAAUAAAGGCCUGCUUUUCUCUGCCGGGCUGCUCCUAGAUCUCAACCAAAGAGUACAGGACGGCGACGUAUACUGGACGUGGACAAUACGUUUGGGCUACGACUACCACGAUAACGAUGAAUGCUCUGUACGAGUCUCACUGAGCCAGAUUGGCCCAGGAAUUUUCGCUCGAGACGGACGCUUCAGGCUUGCACGGGAUCAAGAGUCUGACACCGUCCAAUCUGAUGUCGUCGUCGAGCGUCUGGAGACGACGUCGGAUUUCUUCGUUCUUUCUGGCUUAGAGGAUUCUAAGAUAUGGGACCUGUAUCGCCGAUAUCGAUCUCGCGUCGUGCAUUUGCCGGAAGAACAGCCCUUGGACGACUUCUUAUGGCUGGAUAUGGAGCCACAAAGCCUUUGGGAGCGUAACGACCGUGUGUUCCUGAAGCCUUCAUUGCGGUUCUGGAGUCAACAUCCUAUACCUCUCGCGGCGCGUUUCGUUACCGGCAUUAAUGGAGCAGUGCAAAUGGUGGUUAUUUGCAGCUACACCGAAACCCGCAAGCUCAAAUUGACGCUACUAGUCGAGGACGAUAAGACUGCUGAGGGCAUCAAUUGGCUGUUUGACUCGCUCAACACGGCUCCAGAAUCGACAAGUAUGGGGGAGCUCCAGGAUCGUAUGCCUGAGUUCGCUUCGAUGGACAACAGCACGGAGAUUAUACACGGUCGGUGGAAGACGACUGUGUCUGCUUCGCUAAGCCUGGAGUGUGUUCGGUUCAUGUCUGACAUAUUCUGUGUUAAGCUUGAGUCACAGAGGACUGCCCAUCAAUCCUUGAGCGAUAAUUAUGGCGAGGCGUUCUGA